AUGGAUAGCUUGUUGGAACUGUAUAAUCUGUGGCAAAUCCAGUUGAUUGUGCUUCUUAGCUUCGUUCUACAAGUGUUCCUCUUCUUCACUGGUAGCCUUCGACAGGGUAGCACCAAUGGGUUGCUUAGGGGCACCAUUUGGCUAGCAUAUCUGGGAGCAGACAUGGUAGCAAUUUAUGCCCUAGGGUACCUCUCAAGACAUCAGGAUAAUGGCACAAUGGAAACCCACCCAUUGGUUUUCUUUUGGACUCCUUUCCUCCUCAUUCAUCUCGGUGGGCAGGAUACCAUCACUGCUUUCUCCAUGGAGGACAACAAAUUGUGGUUGAGGCAUUUGCUGAACUUGGUCCUAGAGGUUAGCCUGGCCUUGUAUGUAUUCUGGAAAUCGACUAGCUUGCGCAAUAAUGUGCAGCUUCUUGUUCCUGCUCUUCUCUUGUUCAUUGCCGGAAUAAUCAAGUAUGGAGAGCGAACAAUGGCUCUCAUGUACGCGAGUCAGAAUGACAAUAGGAAACCUGGUUUUAAACUUAAUGAUCAAGAGAGGAUUUUACAACGGGUCAAGAGUGAUAAAGAUCAUGAGCUUGUUUAUUAUGCUUUAGUUUCAGACCAGAGCGUCCAGUAUGAGUACUUCCAAAGGCGUACGGCGAGUUACAAAAUAGGAGAAAAACCCAGUAAUCUCGACCCAGCUGGACUUAAUGACAGUGGCCUUGUGGCCAAGCUGUUGGAUGUACAGCUCAGCCUCUUGUACAAUGAUAUAUACACCAAGGCUACUUUACUUCGAACAAGGAGUGGUAUUUUAGUACGUUUAAUCUCUCAGUUGUCCACUGUUGUUGCCCUUGUGAUCUUUGGUGUCAUGGGCAAGAAACAAGCAGCAAGCAGGUUGUAUGGUAAGGCUGACAUUGUCAUCACCUACAUCCUAUUUAUCGGAGGAAUUCUUUUAGAAAUUUGUGCUGUGUUUACUGUGUUGAUGGCUUCACCUUGGACAUGGUUGUGGCUGGAGGAUCGAAGGUACGGUAGGCUGGCUAGGAUUUCAUGGUCUCUUACUAGAUUAUCAGUGACAAGGCCGAAAUGGUCAGGAAAAAUUGGGCAGUAUAGCUGUGUAAACUACAUGGGCAUCAAAGAUGAGUCAGCUACAUUGUCCCAAAAGGUGAUGAGUCUGAUGAGGAAGGCGGCGACAGCAAUCGGCGUUAAAGAUGUAAGGAAGAAGCUGUUUUGGGUGAGCAAGCGGCUAGAUUGCAGGUACGAGACUGUGGACAACAAGCUCAUGGAGUGUGUCCUGAGGGAGAUACGAACCAUCAUAUCUGAGUAUGAUGAGGAUGAUGAUGACCAACAGCCUCGGCAGUGGCCACAUAUGAUGCCGUUUCUGCAGAAGCUAGGAUCGACAUUUGUCACGGCGUUUCUCUCUGCCGUAUGUCAGCUGCACAUUGUCACUGAGGUUAUCUUGGCGUCGACUAGUGCAGAUGACAUGAAAUCAUACAGCGCCGACGCAAUUGCGGCCGCCCAAAUGUGCAAGAAGCUGUCCAACUACAUGAUGUACCUUAUUACUGCCCACCCAGAUGCUGCUUCUUUGCUGCAGGUCACCUCUAUCAUCAGUCUCGAGCUUGCUCUAGACAUGCAUUUAACAGCCACUGCUACUACAUCGACUAGGAAGAAGAGCAAGGAUGAAAUUCUGCGUGCUACUGGAGAUGAUCUCAAGGCUAAUUAUGGCAAUUAUGAUUGUUUUCCAUGGUCAAUGGCGCAGCGAGAGGAGGUGAUCAAGGAGCUUGCCGGGAUUUGGGUGAGGCUUCUCAUCUACGCCGCCGGCAAGUCGAGGACGGAGCUUCACGCAGCGCAGCUGGCCAGAGGAGGGGAGCUACUCACCUUGGUCUGGCUGCUCAUGGCGCAGCAUGAUCUUGGGGAUGUCACGUUUAAUCGUGUCGAGCUAAAUGGCAGGCCUGAUGAUCCCGUCACAAAUUUGCAUGUGCUAUAUGCCUUCCAUGUCUAG